AUGAAUUCGACCGUCAAGACCUAUUUAAAACUCGCUUUAUGCGUAACCCUAGUGCUUGGUGUGGAAUGCCGCGUGAUAAAAAUCGACGAGGACGUUGGCGAUUACGAUGAUUUGACGGUGAAGAUAAUAAUAAAACACCAGAAGAGGGACGCUCACCCAAAGCUAAGACACAAAGAGCAUAUACCCACGGAAAAAGGGCACCCGACGAACCAUAACAAAAUGGACACUAAAACUGACCCUCCUAAUGGACAUGACGAUUUAGAUAGAUUCUUCGCCGAUUUAGACAAAAACGUUAUGCCUAUGAGCUCGUUGCCUGACAACUUGUUCGAGGACGAUAGCGAGCAGCACGGACCAGGUUCCACAGAGGAGUCUCACCAUAAUCCGGCGAUGGAACCCAUUCCGGAAUUCAAACCUCGUAUUGGGAUCCAAGUCGGGUCUUGCCCCCAGGGAUAUAUUAGACGAGGGAUGCUAUGUUUGCCAAAUAAUAAG